AUGCGUCUCAUCUUUUCAUUUUUUUCUCUACAUUAUUCCUUGAUUAUAGCAGCUACCGAAUUGUUGCCGACUCACAAAAGACGGAUUCGACUGCACAAUCUGCUCGGCUCGGAUAGCGUGAAUUAUGUCUACUUUGUGAAUACUGAGAACACUUCGGCUGUGAACUUUCGUUUCCAUCUUCAGCCCAACUUUCAUUGUGCUCGUGUGUCGCGAAAGGGUGUUUUCCCUUCCCGCUUCCCCUUAGACGUUACGGCUGCCGAUUCUCUACAGAAUAACAAUCUUAACCCAAAGAACGUCUCACAUGACACCAAACAGCCUCCCGGUGACCUGGAUAUUGGUUCACAAGCUCCGUCCUCUUCC